ACAGCAGAUGCAGAAGUGGCCACCUGGAGGCGGAUGAAGAGGAUCCUGAAGAGGAAGACGAAGAUCUUCAAGGUGCUGAGGCUUUUUUAAUGGACAAUCCUUCAGACAUGGACAAUCCUUCAGACGGCAAUUCUCCAGAUGAGGAUUAUUCAUACGACGUCGCCCCCGCCGCUCUUCUACUUUAUGAGACCACUCUCAAGCUUCCACGUUUUGUUCAAGAGGCGUUGUUCAAUCGGUUGCCAAUCGGAUUUCCGUUCGCCGGCGGCCGAAAUUGGAGGCGGCUAUUGCACUUUCGGCGAUAUCUGGAAGACCGCAUGGCGGAGAUGGUGCAACGUGCGAUAACCGCCCUGAAAGAGAAGAGAACUCGAGCUAAAAUCGUGAACAUGCUAGCCUUUGGCGGACUCAGUGCCGCUUUCUCGAUCGGUGUCACAGCGGCCAUCACAGUGAGUGGCGGGAUCGUGCUUCCUUUUGCUUUUCUCGGGUUGGCCGCUGGGAGCGUAGUGACCCCUUUCGUUGUGAGCAUCCUCACUGCCUUGAUGUCCAAUAUUCUGAAGUACACCAUCGCCACUGCUCUGAACCGUGGCAGCACCGACGGAGAGCGAGCAGAAGACUUUGGCUUCGAUCCUCCCGACUCGACAACCCUUUUAAUAUCGGUCGUCGGUACGCCAGUGAGUGUCAUUAUCGGUUUCUCCUUUGGUGCCUCGCCUGCGAUGAUUGAAGCGGCAAGUGAGUUUCGCUCUAUGGUAACCGCGUGGGGACUCCCCAGCGGGUUCUUGCCAGAGGCGCCACCGUGGGCCCAGGGGGAAUCUGCCUUCCAGGCUAUACACAGUAACACGAACAUCGCGAAGGGACGCACGACUUUGAAGCUGCGGGAGUUUGCGGGAGACGUCAAAAGACUCGCCAAAGCAGCAGAAGAGGGCAUCACGAUCACCCAAGACGGGGACGAAGAUGGGACAGCGGCAGCGCCGACAGCUGCAGCACCAACACCCCCGUCACCGCCAGCAGCUGCAGGGCGAAGCAGCGAUCCGAGUGCUCCGACUAAGGAAGGCGGUGAACGUUGCGCCCAUGAUAACCUACUUUCUAUCAAUGCCGAGACGAGCAGAGAUUCUUUCGCGAGCUCUUUUCAAGGCGAUCCAUUAUACUAUGGCAGUUCGGUGAAGGACAGUGAUAGUGGCGCUGGCGCCAGUGCCGGUGGAAGCUCGGACGCGGGCGUCGUCGGCUCGCCACUGCUAACAAGGUGCAUCGCCAGCCUUCUCGCCGCCUCCCGAGGAGCGAUUGUGGAACAAAAGGCGAAUGGCAUCAUUGACAUUCCCUCAGGAGAUGUGGUCUCAUUCUCGUGUGGAAAUGAAGGCUCGCAGAUUCAGACUCCGGAAGGGGCGGCUGAGCCGCUCACUCCACGCAAAGAUAAGAGGCCUAUCAGAUGGGCCAAGGCGCGGCUGGGACAUUUGUCGAAAAGCUUUAGAAAAAUCAUGUCGGGGCGCAUCGUUAUUGACGGCCUCACCCGGAACGCGGCUUCGGCGCUGGUGAACCUGGUUCCGCGACUGGAGAUUGGCGAUAAGCUUCGCAUUCUUUCUCGCAUUCGCGAAUACUACGACCCCAAGCAAAAGAGUUAUGAAGGCUACCGCCGAAGGAUCCUCCUCCUCGACAUCAUCCCUGUGUCUUUAAUUUCUCAACGGAAAUCUAGAAAUUUAGACUUUGAAAAGUCCUACAGUUCUACCUCAUUACUUUUUCAACGGAAAAUAAAAGAAACAUCCAAGGAUAUGGGUCUCAGGAUCUUUCUAAUCAGGCUCAGCGUUGAAUCAGAAGGAGGUCGAGAGCAGGUUGGUGCAAGAGAUUCGCUCGCAUGCUCUUAAUGUUGAUCAGUGGACUCGGUUCGUGGGCAGCUGGCUCGAAGGUGGCAAUAACGCUAAGGCAAGUUCUGUAUCAUCCCGCGUGGUCCGUGUGAGGUGUUACUAUCUUGGGCGAGUCUCCUCGCUUAAAAAACAACUCAAGGGGGAUCUAGAAAAGUUAAAGGAGUAGAAGAAGACACUUAGCACGCGCUUAUUUAGGAAGAUGCGGAUGCAAGAUGUUAUAAAAAGCUCUCCAUCUUCUAAUAUCCGUGAAAGCGGAGCUGCGGGCAGUGCAAAGAAGCCGGACGAGGAUUACGAAAAGCGCCUGAAUGCUAUCACGCUGAUUGAGCUGACACGCUUAGCGCGAAGCGUGCAAGAGGCAGGCUGGCGGCUGCUAUCCGAUCGAACUAGAGCUAAAAAAGGCGUGAAAGAUGCUAAGUCGGAGGAAAGACGAAGUAGUGCCAGUAUACGGAUAUGCAAUCUUCACGCGUUUGCCCUCCAAACAGUUAUCACAGUGCUCUUCCAGGGUGCUGACAGGUGCACAACUCCAAAAGAGAGAGUAAACGUGCUGAACGUACACAUUGUGAAUCCACGCAGUGGGUAUUGUAGUGUUAAUCGAGAUUUUGCGCCAUCUGUACGUACAGAGAGAGCUGGAAAUAUUGAAGAAGCUGACGAGCUGGAACAACUAGAUUUAGAUCUAAAAGAGCUACAGCGGCAAUACAACACCGCCCUCGACAACCUCAAUGACUUCGCGAAAAUCCUCGGAAGCGACAUGAUGAUCUUUGAGGUCUGCAACGCUGCCAAAGGAAUUGAAAACGAUUUCGCUCGAGAAUCAAAGCCUACCACAAAUUGGUUCUCCUCCUACUUCGCAGCGCGUGGAAGUCGCACCAUCAAGGGAGGUGACUCGCCGUCGGUCAUUUCGAUUUUUGCGCCCACAAAAGUACCAUCGGACAGCUCACCUCGCAUAUUGGCGAAUGUCAUGGGGACUGAACGUGAAGCCGAUUCGGUCACGGACAAGUAUUCUCUCACCUUCCAGCAAUUGGCGGACUUCCAACAAAGUUAAGGCUAGUUUAUCACUAUCGUAUUCGGCAUGAGAUAUGCUGAGUGGAGUCCGACCCCCUUGCUUGAUUGAUAGAGGAAAAGUAGGCGGGGGACAAACAAGGGCAUCGACUCACUCAAUGAAUCAGGGACGAUAGCGAAAAACUAGCUCCAACAAAGGUUUAGUCAAAUGGUCGGCCGUGAGCUAGAAGCGCAACAACGACCUCGCGCUAGUUCUGGCGCCGGCGAGCCUCAAGGCUGGGCCAAGAUGGUACAAACAUUGGACAGCUUGCGCUUACAAAGUCCUGCUUCAUCUGAUGAAAAUGAUGAUACAGCGCCAGUAGUAGAGCUAGCGGGAGAGCUUGUCAUGGACCACACGAAUGGGAAAGUGUUCUGGAAUGAAUUAACCCGCAAGGACGACAUCGACAAGGACGACAUCCAGUACAAGUGGAAGUGUGUGCCAUUGCGUCUUCCUGUCUCCGCGCAGACCGCCUAUGACCUCUGCCAUGCGGUAAUGAUGAAGGGAAUGCAGGAGAAACAAGAAGCCAUGGUCGUGUCGGAUGACAAAAGUGGCGACACCAAGGCGGGUGUGUUUGAUGAAGCGACGCUGCAUAAAUACUGGGCAGAUUAUUGUAGGACGAAAGGCACUGAAAGCCAAAGCAAGGAAAAAUGCGAAGCGGCCGAUGAUGAGGAUAUCAUCAAAGGACAACCUUCGCCUCCUGCCUGUUGCAGAUAUGUUGAAGUGUUCCCAUUAGAUGGUAUUGAUAUAACAGAUUUAUAAUGUUAUAAUAUUUACGAAAGAGAAAGUGAAAGAGCAGCAGAAAAAUCAGUUGACGUGCAUCUUCAUCAUGAUGAUGUCUGUUCUUAUUCUUAU